AUGGGAUUUUGGCCCUUUGGUGGACGUAAGAAAGGCCGAACAAGUCAUAAUCAACGUCAAGAGUCAUCUCCAUCCGCGGAGGAAGGGAAAACUAACAACAGGGCAGAGGCGAGCCUGAGUGCGUCUGAAGACUUGGACGCUAUGGCUCGAGGUCAAAACAAACGCCCUCAAGAAGGACCUCGACGACUUUCAAAACAAAGAAUACCGAGUGGAUCUGGAAAUGUCUCCCGUUCGCAAACCACGUCAGUCUCUGGAACCGAACCAUGGAAUAAAAGGGAAAGUCCAGCAACUGGCGCACCAACUGAUUCUGGAUCGAAUGUGUACUCCCAAAACCCGCUGUCCAAAUCGAGCAUUGGACCUGAAGACUUUACUGCUCUACCCCAAGCGCCCACCCUCCUGGCCAAGCGCGGACAAUAUGACCCGACACUUACGCGGAGAAAGUCUAGCAAGCGCAAGGCAGAGGACUAUGCCCGUGAGAGGGAGAUUCGCGCCAUGAGUUCGCCUGAUCAGCUUUCAAGACGCCCAAGUUCUUAUUCUGGAUCCGGACCAUUGCGGCGCGACACCAAGGAAGUUCCGGGGGAUCUCAAUCGAAAAUUCAAGCGACCAAAUUCCAAGGUCACACUACCUUUGCCAGAGGUCAUACAAGAGUCUGAAGAUGUGGAAAAUGCGGCCUCUUUCAAGAUUGGUAUCCUCGCUGCGCUCAGCCCGCGGCCCACACUCACCUACAUCAGCAACCCCCGAACAUCGGCGGGAAAGCAGCCUGCCAGGAUAAAACCUUCGGUGGAGAAAGCCAUUGAGGAGGAGGCGCCUACAUCCAGAAAGAGGAUUGAUGAACUAGCCGACGAUCUUGACGCUGGCGGUCUGAGGGAGCUGAUGGAGAGGGACCAACGGCGUCAUGACAAGAAGAAAGCAGCUGAGCGAGAACGUCUCCAACGCAAGCUUCAACGCAAGGCGGAUAGGCAACGAGAAGAAGAACUGCGGGGUCGCCAACUCCAAGAAACAACAUCGUCUCCUCUCGGCCCGGGAACAGGUGGUGGUGAGAGACGAGGCGGGCCACCAGUGGAGAGCGGUAUUGAAACCUCGCACGCCGCAGCAGCAGCCCGAGUAUCCCCCAGUCCUCGAGGAAGGGCACCAGAGAUAUAUGAAGAGAGUGAGGUUCCUCGAGCUUGGUCACGACCUACCAACAAUGUCAUUCGAAAUCCGUUCGAAGAUGAGACUGACAUUGAUCUUAUGAUUGAUCCAUUCGCACAUGAGGAUGACGAAGGACCGGCAGUGCCAGUCAGGUCGCCACUGCGGACGGUAUCGCCCGUCGAGAUGAGAACGAACCAGCAGCCUUCUCAUGCAACAACGAUCUCCCCGCCCACAUCGCCUGUCCAGCGACCAUCGGAUCGUCAGAGCUUCUCACAAACCUCCGCCCUGGGUCGCGAAAUUACACCAGACAUCCCGGAGCAGGGUCAAUCUGAGAGACGCGCCUCCGAUCAAAGUAGCCAGCGGCAGCUGAGUUCCUGGACCAGCUUCUUCAAGCGAGGUACACGGCGGAAGCCUGGUGCCACUGAUCGAGGCAGGAGCACUCCGUCUGAGUUUUCCAACACUUCUAGGGAGUCGUUCGCCCGCAAACAACAGCCACCCCCUGUCGUUGUACCUCGGACCUUCCGGCGAUCGGAUUCUUCCGGCGUCCCUCAGCGGACAAUGUCCAAAUUCCGUGAAGACUUACCCGAGUUUCCCAUUUCUCCGCCCGAUUCUCGCGUCCAGUCGCCAGAAGCCACGACUGGUCCCGAAAUUGGGGGACCUCAACAUCUCAUUCGACAAUCGCAAUCAGGAACUCUCGAUGAUAGGAGUCUGGCUACAGCCUCAAGUAACGCAGCCAUGGAUCGAGGACCGAGCGAUCCUCGCAGGUCACGAUCAAUGGAGAUGGAUGCGAGUAUGGGAGUGCACCAUGGCGUGACUGUGUCUCAGUCAUUAGCAUCAGUCGAUUCGGAAGCCUCCUGGCUAUCUGGCAGACCUGCCAAAAGGCUUUCGGGAGGAAUGAGUCACCCGCUCCGACAGAGUCAGUCAUCUCUCCCAACAAAUGCCGUCCCAGGAUCCUUUGACCCAGAAGAAGACGAACUUGCCCAGGAUGAAUACCUCAACACGUUGACGCCAGGCCCUGAUGUGCGCCGAGAUUCAGCUGAUUCGGCAAUGCGGAGAGCAAGCAGUACUGUGAUUGAUCUCGAAAGGGAGCGCCAGCAGAGCCCUGUGCCUGAAGUACCUCCUCUGCCUGCAGGUCAUGCCCACGAUGAGACAUGGCAUGCAGGUCUUGGGCGACAGGCAACCGUGGUUCGCCAGGCAAAUCGAGCCAAAUCGAAAGAGGGACUUUUGAAGGAAUAUGGAAACGACUCUCCAGAAGGAUCCCGAAAGUCGACCUCGGACGAAGAUGAUUCGGAUAGUGAUAUGGAAGCACUUGGGGCGGAGACGCCAGGAGCUGAAUUGCAAGAGGCACCGAUUCUACGAGCUCGGAGCGUGGAGUACAAGGGACAUGCACGACACAUCAGUGCUGGAAGUGCACGACUAUUGGACAUCCGACGAGCAUCGUCAGUCCACUCAGACGGACCACAACGGAGUCCAGGUUUGCCUCAAACUCCAAGGUCUCCAAGGGCAUCAGGUAUCCAAUUUGAGCAGUAA